AUGAAGAUUUUUAAAUGGAUGCAAAAUAGGUUUAAUGGCACAAAUGAGAAAAUGAAACCAACCUCAAUUUCAGCUACUCAUUAUAUGAUGAGUGAUUCUGAUAGACAAGACUUGAUCAAUGAUUGGGAUGAGGCACUAGUACUUGCAAUUGGAACAUUUGGGAAUAUUAAUAACAAUUUGAAAGAAGAUUAUAAUAAAAACAUUAAUGAAGAAGACUCAUAUAGUUCCUUUAGAGAUUGUACAAAGGAGUUAUGUUUUGAAGAAGUUGGAGAUUUUGAGAAUGAAGUGAAAAUAAAUUUGGAAGAGAAUAAUUUCUACCCAAGCAACAAUUUAAUAUACAAUGAAGACAAUGAAGAAGACGAAGAGUUUACUCCUAUUAGUGUUGUAGACAAAGGAUGCAGAUGGUUCAACACAGAUUCUGAAUAUAUUGUUCUUGAGAUAUAA